AUGGACCUCUUACAACAAGUUCUGAGUGAAAAAGGCAAACCGUUAUUGAUUAUCAAUGAAUUUAAAUUUCGAAAAAUUGGCAAAUCAAAAGAUGGAAUUAAGUGGUGGUGUACCGUCAAAUCAUGUACCUCAAGCGUAUGUUCUGAUGAAAGUGUAACUACGCUUUUAACUUCCAACUUAAAUCAUAAUCACGAAAAAAGUUCAAAUAUUAACAGGCAAAUUGUUGCUAAUUCUUUAAAAAGAAAAGUAAUAGAUCAAAUAACAACACGACCACUGAAAUUAAUUCGGAACGAAGUGCAAUCAAGUUCAGUUGAUUUAACGUUGAACGAUGUAAAUUCCAUAAGAUGA